AUGUCUGUUUUCAUUUUCUUUCAGGUGACAGAAAAUAUCAUCUCCAAACAAACCUUCAUUGAAGCGAGGACAAGCCCUCGCUCAUUCAACAACUCAAAGUUCAGCUCUGCGGCCCAGAGGCCUUCAGCCCACUUGACUCUCAGAGACUCCAGCUCACAAGGGUUCCCUCCCUACCAGGUCUCCUCAGAGGGUCUCCACCAGUCCUGUCGUCAUGUGGUCCACUCGUGGGCCAAUCAGAGCUUUGGAGCUCACCUCCACAACAUGACCCUGACCAAUGGGAGGCUGCGAGUGCCUCAGGACGGGCGGUACUACCUGUACUCACAGGUGUACUUUCGUUAUCCGUCCCCAGCAGCUGGCGAUAGCGAUCAGCGCAGCGUUAGUCACCAGCUGGUGCAGUGUGUCUACAAGAAAACCUUCUACAAAAGCCCCAUCCAGCUCUUGAAAGGAGUGGGAACCAAGUGCUGGGCUCCAGAUGCAGAGUAUGCCCUCCACUCAGUCUACCAGGGAGGACUAUUCGAACUGAGGGCUGGUGAUGAAGUCUUCGUCUCUGUCUCGUCUCCCACUAUGGUGAACGCAGACGAUUCCUCCAGCUACUUUGGUGCCUUCCGUUUGGACCUCUGAGAGAAAGGGAUGGGAGAGGAUACAACCGAGGGUGCAAGAGCUGGAGAAACCGACGGGAUGGAGACUGCGAUGGGGGCCUUUUGAAUAUCCAUUGGUUGGAAAAAUUCUGGGUCUGGAUCUCGGAUCUGUAAAGUUUCCAUGGAGCGAUACGUUGAAGGAUGGACGUGGUUGUGGGUUUUCAAGAUCAGAAUGAUAAAUGUUGCAAGAAGAUAGGUGAAAGGGAAACGAAAGAGUGGAUUUUAUCUUUUUCUGCUCUCCAAUAAUAGAAAAAAACUACCCAUUAAUAGCAAGAUUUUACAAAAAGAUGCACAAUCCUGAAUGUGAGAACCGAUUUACAAUCAAUUCUCAAGGAAAGAAUGUUUCUUUUGGAACAAAAGGACAUUUUUUGAAAAGUUGUUCCUUUAGACAAGAGUCCCUGGGGAAAAAGAUCAUCCAGCCAUCUGCACCCCAAAUUGAGUGUCAGUGCAACUCCUCUGUUAAACUUUUUUGUGAGGAGCUAUCAAACCCUUGGAAUUCCAAACCAAAGAGUGUACGCAAUGAUCCUCUGCAUUCACGGACUGUUGGACUUAGCAGAAGAAAAUAUAAAGAUCAAACCAAAGCAAAAAAUUAAGUGAAAGAAUAAAGUCUCUUCCAAGAUUACCUUGAAAGUACUGCACAUAUGUAUGGCUGAAAAGGCCACUUAAGAUGACAAUGACCUGUGGUGAUUUUCUGAACUAAUUCAUAUAUAUUUUAGGUUGACUGGGCUUAAAACCACUCGGGCUAACUGCGGAGCAUCUUCCUCUAACACUAGAACUGUGGAUUUUAUGCAAAUACUAUUCGUGGAGGAUAAGGACUGUCUUACUGGACACUAUAACAAGCUGUCGAAAGCAGGAGCUUUGUGAAGAAGAGACUGGGAGGAGAGGAGGAAUAAAAACAGAUGGGAGGGAGAGGUCUCAUAAAGGCCAAUGAGAAUGAACCCUGCAGAGGAAAAUAAAAGGACGUAGAGGCUAAGGGUGGCAUGCAGCCUGACAAGUCCCCUUUCAUUCACCCGUCUUCAGUUCUUUCUCCGUCUCAAACAUAAGUAGAUUUUUUUUUGCUGAUCUUUCUCGUCUAACCUGUGAAGUUGCAUUGCGUUUUAUUUUUAGGAGCAGUGAAGCAGCAAACCAAAAACGCAACAUAAAUGAGAAUCUGACGAUGGAAACAGAACAAUUGCACACACACGAAAAAAAAAAAAAGAGUUGUCAUGGAUGGAAGUUAACCGUUUCUUUGGAAGUUUAAAAGUUGUUGCUUGUUGGUUGAACCUUUUCCAUUUAAAUAGAUUAAGGGAAAUCCUACAAACAUUAUGACUGGAUUUUAGACCUAAUUUGAGCCACAAGGAAACGAAAAUGCAAUUUCUGAAGUCCACUGGAAAAUAAAAUGUAUCUAUAAUUGUUGAAUAAAAAAAAACACAAACUCUACUAAAUGCCCCUUGCCUCCAUCUUAUAUGAUCAAUUUGUAGUCCAAAUAAAGCAUUUUUCAAAUACAAACUCGUUUUAAUAAGUGACCCCUUUAGCUCCCCUUGGAAAGACCACCCACAUAAACUAAACCCAUUCAAGGUUGAUGAUCACUUUUUCUUAUUUACUUUGCACUCUCUUAGGCAGCUGUUCACAUACUUGCCCGUUUAUUAUGCCUGUAACUGAAGAAUUUCACAAGAGUGAACACUUGCAAGCUUAAAAUGUUGGAACAAUAAAAGGCUGAUAUUUGGUUAAUGUUAUAAUGGCAGGGAAAAGGAGCCUUUGCAUUACAGAAAGUAUCUGAGACCACUAAAUCAAAGGAAACGCUCAUAUUUAUCUCUUCACUACCUGUUGAUUUGAUAUCUAAGGGAAAUAUAUGUGCUAUAAUUAGAAAUGUUAUGAGUCAUGGAGCUUAGGUUAGAACAAAGACAAGGAUGGAAGUAUGCUAACAUAUCGGAGGGCUUUGUUAACCUUGGGCAAGGAUUGACGGGUUCAUUAAACAGUUAAAGUGUUGCUAACCAUGUAGUAUGUUAACAUAAUAGACUAGCAGGAAAUGAAUGAUCACUGCAACACACCGGUUGUGUGCAGGAUGGUCAUUAGCACAUGGUAAUGCCGCCAUGUUCUUAGCCGCUUUGUGCUAAUGCUUUCAGACAAGUAUAUUGUUGAGAAAAUGAAUGUAUAAUUCUAAUUAAAUGGUCGAGUAAACACCUGACUGGAGCAAUGGGUGACCGCCUUCAGUAAAGGCUAGCUGGCACUGCCAGAAACCCAGCAAACAUUUCCCACCUGCACAGGAAUGCUCCACCACAAACCGGUGAUCUCUUGAACUAAUUUAUGAAACUGUACAUUGUAUUGACCAUAUUUCUGUCCAAAUUUGCAUCACUAAGAGAUCAUUUGUCAGGAACAUCAUCCCUAGCACAGAGCCAGGCCAGCCAGUUCCUAUUUGUUUCCAAUGGGGCUUUCAUAUUUAACUUAACUUUUAUCAAAGUGGUGACUUUUCUGUUUAAUCUAAUCAAGGAAAAAGCUUAACUAGUGCCUUCCUAGAAACGUUCAAUGGUGGGAAACUUUUAAAGCCGGGUUUCAAAGUGUAGAGCUUUUCUUUCAAUCAUCAACCCUCAAGCCUCUUAUUACGUGCCACCAAUAAACUAGCAUACUCAGUUAAAAAGCUAAAUUAGCUGCCCGCAUUUUUUCCUGCUCCAUCAGUCAUGAAACACAUCUGAUAAGCUAAACAAAAAGCUGACUGAAUAUGGCCGCCAGCCACCUAGAAAUACUUAUAUAUACCCCAAAACAUGUGCAAACAUUACAGCUGGAAAUGAAACACACGUGUGCUGAAAAUGUCCCUCAAAUUAUAUCAACCACACACAGACCAGUGAACAUUUAGGAAAGCGACCGGUUAAAGAAAAAAAAAAAAGGUUGCAGAGAAAGAAAGAUUUGAAAGGCACAAGAUAUUUCUCCACAUAACCCAUGCACUGCCUUGCACGGAAUCAACCCCUACAUACUUUUCCCUCUGGUAUGUGCGCAUGUAUGCACAUUUAAGAUACAUACACAUCACCUCACACUGCAUCUAGGCAGGCCUGUGCUGUGCAGACACACACGUUAUCUUGUCUAGUCACUUUCAGAAAAGAGACACAAACAAACUGACUUACACACUCAUUAAUCCAUGCUGUCCAGCCUCCCUGUGCCGUCUGGUUGUUGUCAGUGGUCAGGCAGUGCGUGUGUGUGUGUGUUUGAAAUUACAGUACAUUUUUUCUUCUUUGUCAUAGAUGAUUAGGUAAGGAGGUCAAACAAAUGAAAUGCAUCCCUUUACCGUGGACUCCAAAAAAGGUUAUGGUAUCAUCAAGGUCUUUUGGUAACGCUUUAAAAUCAUGUAUAUUUCUUCUGAAAUCAAUAUGUUUAAGUUAAAUUCCAUUUUGUUGUUUACCAUGUUAGCUGCUUGUCUUUUCUUUCAGCCCGUCUCAUCAUCCAAACAAAGCUUGCUCCCCUUCUGUGAACUUGACUCAAGUGUAGUUUUUUGUUUUGUUUUUAUUUUUUGAAAUCCAGGGUGAUGAUGAUAAUGCUACACCGCGUCUAAUUGUAUCAGCGCCAGCUGCAAAAACCCCCUUUGCCAUGAAUGUGUAAGAGCUUUGUUUGUACAGGACUGUUUCAUACAUAGUUGUGAACAUGUGUAGCACAGUGUUGCUAAGAAAAAUAAACAAAUAUCUGAACGUCCCCAGUGUAUGUGAAACUUUUAAGCCUAUUUUUGGCUAUCGAGUGCCUGUUAAAAAAAGAGGAAAAAAAAGGAACGAAUUCUGCUCCCAGUCUAUGGUAAAGGGGAUUGUAUCGCCAACCAACUAUAAGUGAUCCUGAUGCCAAAAAAUAUGGACCCAUUGCCGUUAAAAUUGAUCAAAUUGAAAAAGUUUGGAAUGAUAAAUAAAAGCUUU